AGACAGCGGAGUGCUUUCGAGAUCAUUCUUGUUUCCUGGUUGCAAUCACUUUGAUUCAAUCCUGACCAUUAUUCUUCUCUUUCUUUGAUAAGCAGCUUGUUCAUCUUUUCAUGAUCAUCCAAAAAUUCAUUCCCUAUGGCGUUCGCUCCACUCACUUCACGUGUCGCAUUGCUGCUUUGGUCAAGCCAUACAGGGUCCCCCGAGUGACUAGAUUUAAGCCGUAUACAUACAUUCAGCGCCGAGGAAUAGUGCUGAGCGGGGAGCGGCAUAUUCUCAACUCAUCUUCGAAACAGAUCCGUCAUCUUCUCGAUCGGAAGAAGCAUACUAAGUGGGGAUUUGUCAUAUACCGCUGCACCUACGAGGAUGAUGCGGCGUGGGAAACCUUGCUAUCAAUUCUGAAGGAACGUACUCAUGGCCACCUGAAGAGGGAAGAUUCCCUUGAUUUGGAAGAUAAAUUGGAAUGGACCGUUAUUGAGGACAAAGAGAAACUAGAUGGCGCCAAUGUUGGCACAGUGGGAGACAUGUUUUUGAACUGGGUUGAGAGUGAAGAGGCCAAACACGAGCAACUGAUGCAUGCAGGCGAACCUGAGAUGCAGCCAGGAAGCAUGCUGGGAAUCACGCCCAGAUAUCUGUGUUGCGUGCACGUGGGUGCAGAAAGUCUCAACAGCGUGGUUAACCUGGCCCCGCGUCCACCGGAGCCGGAUCUUUGGCACACUGCGUAUGUAAAUAUGAUCCAUGCUCCGUCGUGGAUCCAAAGAACGGAGGUUUGCGACUAUGAAGGAGGCAAGAACGACACUGAAGGCUGGACAAAAAUAUCCGCUGAUUUAUUGAUCCCACACGCCUAUGCAUGUUUGCAAUCACUGGAUGGCUGGUAUGCUGUAUGGGCGAGGCCGCCUUUGGUCUCGACACUUCCAUCUUAUCAUUCAAGAACGAUUAGGACCGUUCGCGACACUGUUGACGGAGUAGGCAGUAUAUCUUUUUAAACUGUACACCACAGGCCUUGUCCACUGUGCUUGCUAUUCACUUGGAUUUGAGGGGAAUAGAAUGUAUAAUUAGGGGGUUACUUCACCUAGGCUCCUCGACUAGAGUUCCGUGUUCCAUGAGCAUGUUGGGUGUCCAUAUUCCAAAAGUUUCCUGGGUGAAUAUUCCAGGGACAUAUCCUUACUGGGUGAUUGCAUUUUUUUGAACGAGUAAGGGUUGCUAAAAGGAUUUGUCUUGCGAGAUCUACUUGUAUUUUGCAUCUAAUUUAAUAUGUCCUGCUGGAAUAGUUAAUUGUAUUUUCUCCUCUG